AUGUCUCAGGAGGGGAUAGAAGACUAUUUGUCUGUCACCUGUACUCAAGGAGAAGUGGACAGACAAGUAGGCAAAAAUGGAGUGGGGGACCCAAGUGGUGGAAACAUAGGGGUAAGCUACUCAAGUGGAGGGAGAUACAAACAAAAGUCAGGAGGAGGGAGACACAAUCAGAGUAUAAGACAACAAACUGCAGUGACAACCGUGCUUAGAGUGCCUCUUUAAAUUUAACAAUUCCAGAUGUGUUCUAAUGGGCAACUCUGCCCCAAAUACCACAUACCCUAGGUACAUUUUAUGACCACUGGUCUGGAGAGAUAAGAAGGACUUUAUGAGAACAUUGUUGGCAACUUCAGAAAUUAGCUUCAUAAUAUAUUACUGACAUUUUACGUGUAACUUUUAUAACAGUACCUUGCCCCAAUUCCAGUGAACGCAUUAUAAUUACAAUCCCCCUUUCAAGGUACACGUUAGUAGAAAAACAUAUUGUUGUUUUUAUAUAGACACUGAAAAGGCAUUUACAAGUACUUCAUAUUCAUAUAGGAAUUUAGUCUUCCACUCCCUCCUGAAAUGGUUUUGUAGACUACUUGUAAAUAAACAUAAUUUUAACCCCUUAAGGACACAUGACAUGUGUGACAUGUCAUGAUUCCCUUUUAUUCCAGAAGUUUGGUCCUUAAAGGGUUAAAGAAUAUGGGAUUACUUUAGAGGCUCCCUCCUCUUUUUCUACACAUAUGUUUAAAACCAUAAUGCAUUCAUUAUCAUUUCUAUUUUAUUCUCUCUCUCUCGUUUAUUUUAGGGUACUCUUCACCAAAUGAAUGGAGUUGAUGUUCUUGCUCAGGUAAAAUUAAGACAAACUAAUUUUCACUGACAUUAAUCAUGAAUUACCAUUAUUUAAGUUUGCCAGAUCAAAGUUUCCAUUGUUAUAUGGUAACUGAACAACCCAGGGCUGUAUUUCCUAGAAAACAAUUCCAGCAAAUCAGAUGAAAUUUCACCCAUGAAACACUUACCUCCACUUGUCCUAACACCCUGGUCUUCAUUCUGAAUAAAACCAAAUUCUUCUGCCAGGGUUCUAUUCUAUAAUUUAUCAUUGUCCUGGAUAAACUACAAAUGGUGGUCGUUAGUGAUGUCCCGAACGGUUCGCGAACGGUUCGCCGCGGACUCAUCAUUCCAGCCAAUCAGCAGCAGACCCUCCCUCCCAGACCCUCCCACCUCCUGGACAGCAUCCAUUUUGAAGCUGCAUUCUUAGUGAGCUGUCCAGGAGGUGGGAGGGUCUGGGAGGGAGGGUCUGCUGCUGAUUAGCUGGAAUGAUGAGUCCGCGGCGAACCGUUUGCGGUGAACCGUUCGCAAACCGUUCGGGACAUCACUAGUGGUCGUUCCUUUGUCUUACUCAUCAAAUUUUGUAGUUAAAACUUCUUGGCUGCACUCUAGCAGCUAGGAAAGGUCAAAGAAGAAAAGCAGAACAUUCUGCAAUAUAGGAUUUUAAUUUUUUUUAAUCAAACACAUUUUUGCCUUAUUGUCCUUAAAAGUUAAAAAGGUAGAAUUAUUAACAUACCGGAUAAAAGCAUUUAUAACUAUAGAUAAGUAAACAGUCAUGAAUCAGCUCGUUGUGGGCAUUCCAUUGUAGGUGUUCUAUUGGCACAAAAAACCUGAAUCCAGAAAGCAAACGUGUUUUUUAAACAAAACCAGAAGCCAGAUUCUACAAAUACUUCAGUGUGUGUUUAGGCAAUCAACACCUACGCUACAUAUAUUUAGCGGUGAGAAAGUCUCUCAAAGAAAGUGUUAUUUAAUAAUGUUUAUUUAUAAAUGUGUCUAAAGAAAACCUACAGUUCAAAACAUCAUCUAGAAAGAAUAGCAUUUUAACCAUUGAUACACCAUGUAAUAUAUCUCAGAUCUCUUUUUUGACUUUGAUUACCAUGUAACAAAUAAAUUGACGCCUCAUCCGCUAACAAGAUAUACUCAUUUAAAAUUUUCUUCUGCUCAAGUUACCUUGCCCUUUGUGUAAAUGUUUCACCCCUCAGAGAAACAAUUUUGUUAGGUUAUUACAUAAAGAAACAAGAACUCGUGGAGAUAAUGAAUAAUCAUGAAAUAAAACACCCACAUGAACGAGGGAUAACCCCUAAACAGUCAAAAGACUUAGCUCAUGGCAGAAUAUCAAAAUGCCCUACCUAAACCAAAGUAAAUACUAAUUAAAGAUAAAAAAUAUAUAUAUAUAUAUAUAUAUAUAUAUAUAUAUAUAUAUAUAUAUAUAUAUAUAAAAGAAUAAACUUUAUUAUUACUAACAAAUUCCACACAACACAUAAUUUCCUUAACAUUAUGAUGGGAUAUAUCCUAGUACACUUAAAAUAAUUUUAGGUACUAAGCACUAAGAUGUGUACUUUGGGUUGAAUCCCACAUAAGCUACAGUGUUGUGCAUAUAUUGCUACAAAAAUACAACGAUCUGAGACUCACAGAAUAAAUUUAAAUACAGUAAUCUAUGAAGUAGAGACAAUUGCCCUAUGUAGCUAAAUUUGACUAAAUUAGGUAGGAGAGCUCAGGGGCAGCUGCGCUUAAGGGGGAACACAAACUAUAUGAAGUUUAGAAUAGUAAAAAAAGAGGAACAUUUUAAUAACUAGAAAAGACCACUAAGUAGACAUGUACACAUAUCACUCCCUAAUUAAGUCCCUAGAGUGCCUUAGAGGGCACCUUGCUGCAAACUAACAUUGCAGCGAUGUACCUAAAAGUCCAUAGGUAACAGCAGAUCUAGCAAGGACUCCCUUCCGAGAAUAAACAAUUAAAAUGAGCUGUUAUUUCUGCAUCCCUAGAUAAAUACUUAGUUCAAAAAUCUGGUCAGAAGUAUUUGUAAACAAAAGACAGGAAUGCGGUCCGUGCCCACAUUUCUAGGUUAGGCCUCUAAUUUUGUUCCUCUGCAUCUCCUCGUUGGGUCUGAGUCCACCCAUCUUCCCAUACACUGUGACUGAAGCAACUAUUAUCGGUCAACUUUUAUGGCUGGAGUUUAGCAGAAAGGGGUGGGACGACUCUGUGCACACUAAUGGGACUUCUUGCAGACUUCAUGUAGUCCAAUCAUGUUAUGUAAGAUAAUCCACCCCAAAAAAAUAAAAAUAAGUCAAGUGGGGGGGAGAGCGGUGUGGGAGGGAGGAGGGUGAGGGGGGUGGUAGAGCUAAGCAAACCUUUUGUGUAUACAGUUUAAAUAUUUGCCAACCAAAUUAUGUUAGCCAAAAUAUUAAUAACUACAUGUAGCUACAAGUACAAAAUAUAGGUAAAAAUGGUAGCAUUGUUAUAGUAAAUAAAUAAUAUAGUAACAAAAGUGAAAUAAAUACAGUUGAGUACCUUCCAAAUUUAAAUCUGUACUUUAAAGUUGCAAUAAGAGGUAGACAUGAAGUGGCUUUGUUUCAGUUGGUUUGUGGAAUUGUACAACUAAUAUUUUUAUUAUUAAUUAUAAAACAUCCAACCUUUCUGCAGUGCUGGGUUCACAAGACAUCCUAGUAAAUUCAUCAACUUUUUAAAAAAACUAAUAAGAAACAAUAGGUAAUGAUGGACCUGCUCAUAUAAGCUUACAAUUCACUGUUUAGCAAAUAAAAAAAUAAUAAAUAAAAAAAUAUCCUUAGUCAGAAAUUUUCCCAAAGACAGUAAUUGUAUUGGGUUAAUGCAUAUUAUCCUCAUAUUUGUUAGGAACCAGUCACCUUUAACCCCUUAAGGAGACAUGACAUGUGUGAUAUGUCAUGAUUCCCUUUUAUUCCAGAAGUUUGGUCCUUAAGGGGUUAAAGGCAUACUGUAGGCAUCAAAACAUCUGUAGCUUAAUGAAGCAGUUUUUGUGUAUGAAUCAUGCCCCUGCAGUCUUACUACUCAAGUCACUGUCAUUUAAGAGUCAAAUCACUUUUGUUUCUGAUUAUGCAGUUCUAGCCACACCUCCACAUGACACAACCUGCAUCAAAAAAGUUUCACUUUCAGUCAGAUGUUAACUUUCGUUAGAAGUUUUUAUCUCCACUCCUGUAAAUUAAACUUUAAUCACACACAGGAGGCUCCAGGAGGCUAGUAAUAGAACAAGAUUAAUACUUCUAGUUUAAACAGACUGUGCAAUAAAAUAACCUAGAAUAUCUAAGUUCUGUUUCACGAAAUGUUUAGAAAGGCUGUGCAAGUCACAUGCAGGGAGAAGUGACUAGAGCUGUAAAAACAAAGCAAUUUAACUCCUAAGUGGAGUUAAAUGGAUCUAUACACCAAAACUGCUUCAUAAGCUAAUUUUGUUUUGGUGUAUAUAGUGUCCCUUUAAAGGUGGAUUUGCUUUUUUCCUCUUAAAUGACCUUGAGCAUGGCUUAUACCUCAUAGUAAUGGAACUAAACAUGUUAUGCUGUUUAAUCAUAAGCAGAUGCCCUGACAUUUUUUUCUUUAUACACAAUUGGAAUUUUAAGUUUACUAAUGUAAUGUUCCAGUGGAUUUUAUAAUUUUAAAUAUUAUCCUGAACCAAGGCCAGAUUAAGAGCCUAGUGGGCCUGGUUCUGACAAUUAUGAUGGGCCUAAUUACAGAAUCUUAUCUACCAAAAAUACUAUAACAGUCAUACCUCUCAAGAGUCAUGUAUCUGAUGGAGUUGGUGGGAAACUCAAAGGAUGCAGCGAUAGGAAAACAUAUACUCUGUGCUAAUCUCUUUAUCUAAUUUAUGCUUUCAUCUUUCAAGUAAAUCCAUACCCCCUAACAGCAGUGUCCAGUGAAGCAGGAAGUCAAUGGGCGGGGUCAAAGGGUGGGCCACUGACGCGAAUCACGUGACCAGAACUGCCAAAAGGGGCAAAAAUGCCCAAAAAAGGGGCAUGUCUGUCCAAAUAAUUGGAAGGCUAGCCUGGCAUUAGUGUCCCUAUGUAUCACAGUGUCAGUGUCCCCAUGUUGCCCAGUCCCCUAGUCUCCCAGUGUCUGUGUCCCUAUUUCUCCCAGUGUCCCCAUGUCUGUGUGUCCCGUGUCACUAGGAUACUAGGGGACACUGAGAGACACGGGGACACUGAGAGACCCGGGGACACUGAGACACUUGGGGACACUGGGAGACAUGAGGGCACUGAGACACAUGGGGACACUGGGAGACAUGGGGGCACUUGUGGAUACAGACAUGGGGACACUGGGAGACAUGGAGACACUGAGACAUUUGGGUACACUGGGAGAAAUGGGGUCACAUACACUAGGGACACAGAGACAUGGGGACACAGAAGCUAGGAGACAUGGGGACACAGACAUUUGUGGAAACUAAGACACUAAGGACACUGAGAGACAUGGGAACACAUACACUGGGAGACUUGGGGACACUGGGAGACAUGUGGACACAGACAUUUGGGGACACUCUGAGACAUGUGGACACUGAGAGACAUGGUGACACAGACACUGGGAGACUAGGGGACACUGGGAGUCAUGGGGACACUGUGACACUAGGGACUCUGGCUGGGAGACAUAGGGACACUGUGACACUGUGUCCCUAGUUUCUCCAUGUUCUAAUGUGUCUCCCCAUGUCUCACAGUGUCCCCUGGUGUCUCAGUGUCCCCAUGUUUCCCAGUGUCCCCAAGUGUCUCAGUGUCCCCACGUCUCUCAGUGUACCCUGGUGUCUCAGUGUCCCAAUAUGUCCCCUAGUGUUUCAGUGUCCCCAUGUCUCCCUGCUGUCUUUUCCCCCAUCCUUCACAUACCUGAGCUGUAGUCUGUCUCUGCAGGCUGGGAGCUGCUGUCUGGACUCUCUGUGCUCUGUAGCUGCUCCCCCGCAGAUCAGUGAGUAGAGAGAGGCAGGGAGAUGCUGUAAAUUCCUAUCCCUGCCUCUCUCCAUACAAAGUAACCCCUACUGACCGGUGCUGGUAUAGCAGAGUUAUCUCUGUUUAUUCUGAGAAAAAUAUUUGCAUUUGUAUUGCCGGUAUUACUGCAAUACUGUCAUGGCCAGGCAGUCCCAAAUACCGUCUGUGCCUUAAAAUACCAGUCAAGUGGCAAACCUAAGAGUAGUGUUUUUUUGUUUUUGUUUUUUAAUGGGCCUAUUCCAUGGGCCUGGGCCUGCAGCUCCAUCAGCCCCUAUGUUAAUCCGUCCCUGUCCUGAACUCGUGUGCAACUGUUCCUUGUAUUAUUUUAAAUAAUAAAUAAUUGUUGAUACAACAGGAUAUUUUCACACUUUGAAACGUUAAUGUCUCUAUUAAGAAUUGUGCAUCCACAUUGAGCUUUGUUAAGUCUGCUGUAAAUGAUAUCUCUGAUUUUAACCCUACAACUAAGGAAUGUAUCUCCAUAUAUAAAAACAGUGGCUAUAUAUAGGUAUUCAAGCAUUAUCUGUAAACAUUUGAUGGUGUGAUUAAUAAAUGAUAUAUGCUUGUUUAUGUAUGACACUAUGUAAUGCAGGGUCGGACAUCUCAGAUCUCAGAAAUGGUAGGAGUUGCAUCCUCUCUCCCUUUAGUGAUAUGUAGAGGAACAGGGGUAACAGAAGUAGUAUAAUUCUCUCUCCCCGGCUCUUCUUCGAACAUAUAUCUAAUGGGUGAGUGACUAAAUGAAGCACCUCCCAUGUCAGGGUCCUGGAGACACUCAUAAACCACUUGGUCUUCAGUAUAUUGGUUUAGAAUGAUAUCUCCAACACCCCUCGAUGGCAUGAUUUUCCCAUAACUCAUAUUUUAUUGCUUUUAUGUAUGUGUAUGUUAAAAACAAGCAAUCGAGUGUCCGAGUAAGCGCUAUGCAGCACAUUACAGAUGAUCACAGACACAAAGCACACAAUUGUGAGACUGAAGCGCCAUCUACAGGGAAUGUUAAGGAACAUUGCUAACAUGUUUUUAUACAAUUUUUCAGUUUAUGGAGACAACAUGUGAUACAUAUCUUUUAUAUGGAGAAGAGGAUUUUAAUGUUGACAAACUAGUCAAUUUGACUUGUAAGUAUCAAUUAUUUAAAAAAAACGAAUACAUUAUAAACUUAGCAAAUUAACUUGUGAUGUAUUUGUUGCUGGUGGUCACUUUUUUCAAAUUCCCCUUCAAAGACAUUGUGGUUUUUAUUUUCUUAUGAUUGCAUCACAUGCUGACCUGAAGUAACCAUUCUGAUUUACAUAUUUAUUCUAGACAGAUAUAGUAGAAGCCAUGCUUUUGUUACACAGUGAACUGUGUCAAAUGCAAACUAAUAUAAAGUCCACAAAGGCACCAAAUGAGUUUGACUGUCAUCCUUUCUGUUCUGUCACCCCCUCCUCCCCCCUCCCGUCGCCUCUAGCCCUUUUAAUGUCCGAAUAAAGUUUUCCAUUAACAUUACCUCCAGCCCUCCAGCCCUAUAUUUCAGGGCUCUCCUUACAGGGAUCCAGUGUGUACCGCUUAACUGCCUGUGGAGAAGGUGAUCCGAUGUCAUAGACUUUUGGAAUGUCAGUUGGAAUCCAGGCAUUAUUUAUCAGUCUUUGUGGAUAAUACAGAGCCUAUUCAUAUAGGUUUAUAGCAAUUUCCUGUUUAUUUGGUUUUGCAGAGGUUCCCUUAAAUGGACACUAUAGUCACCAGAACAACUACAGCUUAUUGAAUUUGCUCUGGUGAGUAGAAUCAUUACCUUCAGACUUUUUGCUGUAAACACUGUCUUUUCAGAGAAAAGACAGUGUUUACAUUACAUCCUAGUGAUAACUUCACUGGCCACUCCUUAGAUGGCUGUUAGAGAUCCUUCCUGGGUCAUGGCUGCCUAAAAUGCAUCCACACAUUCAGUAUCUCCUCCCUCUGCAUGCACACACUGAACUUUCCUCAUAGAGAUUCAGUGAUUCAAUUCAUCUCUAUGAGGAGAUGCUGAUUGGCCAGGGCUGUGUUUGAAUCAUGCUGGCUCUGCCCCUGAUCUGCCUCCUUGUCAGUCUCAGCCAAUCCUAUGGGGAAGCAUUGUGAUUGGAUCAGGCUACCACUUUUGAUGAUGUCAGCAGACUGCUUGUUUUUCUGAGUCUAACAGCAUGCAGAGUUACAGCUUCAGGCUUGAAUACAGUACGAUUUUUACUAUAUUUAUGGAGGCAUGAGGGGACCAGGGGGGCUAGAUGGUAGUGUUAACACUAUAGGGUCAGGAAUACAUGCUUGUGUUCCUGACCCUAUAGUGAUCCUUUAACUUGCAGCAAUUUGGGAAAUAGUUGUGAAAAUAAAAUAUAUUCCUUAAUCUCAAAGAAGACAUUUAAAAAAUAUAAAUAAUUCUGUGUUUUGUGUUUUAUUGACAAUAAAUCAAACCAAAGUGUAAGAAUAACAAUGUGUAAUAUGUUCUGCAAUCACUAAAUUCCCUUAAAUGUUGCAACUUAUCCAACUUUGAAGGCUUUUCUGCAACUAUCUAAGCAAGUGGUAUCAUUUUGCUUAUAUGAAGUAAACCUGCAGGCCUAAAAAGAAAUCCUAAGUACCCCAGCCUUGAGAAAGUGAUUUCUAUAGAUUUAAAUUCCAAAUGAUACGUGUAGACACUGAUAUUUGCCUGGGGUCUAGUGGGGCUGCUGUCAUCCUCAUGGUUUUCAGCUCCCUCAUGCACUGUUUAGUGAUGGUGGGGCCCAAAGUGACAUCAUAACCUAGCUUCCAGCAGCAAUGCAGAGCACACGAGGAGACAGUGUUGUAAAAGCACAGAGAUUAUAGCUUCCUCUUGCCUGGCUGCAGCCUCCCCCCAGACACUGUAUUUGGGCAGAGUAGGCACCUGUUAAGCACAGCCUUAGCGCACAGCCGGCCGCCUCUGCCUUAGUGCACAGCCGGCCACCUCCUGGGGGACCCUAAGGUGGCCAGCCGACCAGCUCUUGACCAGCUUUAGAGGCAUGUACCCCCUGGGAUAAGCAUGACAAACAUGGCAUUAGACAACAACUGCUUCAUUGUUUAACAAAUUACUUAAGCUAUGAAAGUUAGUGAAAAAACAAUAUGGACCCUCCAUGUAAGUUUUUUAUGCAUGUUUUGUUAUCAAUAAAUUGAAUGAAUUCAGUUAAAUUAAUCUUUUGCCUUUUCUUAUUUAGAUGCUGUGGUUUGUGUAAAAUAAAUAAAUAAAUAAAUAAAUAACAAAAUACAAUUAUAUUUUUGCAGAUAUUUUUCAAAAAUUGGCUGCUGUCAAAGACCAGAGGGAAUGGGUAAUAGCAAGUGGAGCACACACAGUAAGUGGACAUUAUCCAUUUACACCAACUAAAAUUUUAUUGAUGAUUUAUUAGGUGCAGAAUAGCAAAAUAAUGAAUAUGAUAUUGUAGCGCUAUCUGUUUGUACGUUGUACAGUUUUCUUCUGAAAUACCUUUCUGUAUUCUGUGUUAUUGAGUUUGACUUCAAGAGGUCAGCUUUUUCAUAAUUUAUUUUAAUGCAGACUUUUUUAAGUAUUAAUAGAUAGUGUAACAAAUAUUUGUGGUCAGGGAUAAAGGCAGAAGGUAUUCAAUAAGGUUUGAGCUAUACCAGCAAGCCAGGAAGUCUUGUCCGCAUGGUGGUCAGACUCCGCCCCAAGAUUUGCAUAUUUUAUGUUUUAAAAAAUGUCACAUGCCUCCCACCAAUUCUGUUUUUGUCAGGACAGCCCCAAUUUUCAGGUCCUGUCCCGCAUCCUGAUUUUGUUUCCUGUUGUCACACUUUGGAGACACCAGGGAAGUGUCCCAAAAAAAGCAGUUACGCCAACACUCAGGGCACUAGGAUUCUGCAGACAGCACUGAAACAGAGCACUGAGCCAGCCUGGGUGUACAUUCACACUAGACUGACUUGCCAGUAAGUCAGGCGCAUACACCCUCUUUCCUGGCAGGACCGACUGCUUUGGGCAGAGCCAGUGAUGCAAUUAUGUCCCUGGUUCUUUACAUUCUUCUAACCGGUAUCCCUGGGGUAUGUUUAUCUAUUUUCAUUAUUUGUGUAUUAUGUAAAGAAAAAAAAAAUAUAUAUAUAUAUAUAUAUAUAUAUAUAUAUAUAUAUUGUGGAUUGGAUUAGCCGUAUUAGUCCAGUAGGCAAGAUGCCAAAAUAGCAGAGUAUUGCAAUAUGCAAUGAUACCUUUUUUAUUGGACUAACAUAAGGGAGAGGAAAACUCUCGAAAGCUUGUCCAAUAAAAAAGGUAUCAUUGCAUUGUAUGAUUGUAUCAUUGAAUACUGCAAUACUCUGGUAUUUUAGCAUCUUAUUUACAUAUAUGUAUUUGAGUACGGGAACAUCUGCCGAGUCACACAAUAAAUAUUUACUUAUACCAGUAGAAUCAAGUCUGUUGUGGUGUGCCAAAACCGAGCAAUGGUGUAGGCCUAAAAAAGAGGACCCACCUAUUGAAUGGGAAUAAAAAAGGGAGAGGUGGGUAGGUUUCCAAAUCGUCGUCAGAAUGUCAGGAGGAAGCUGGGAGGAAGGGAUUAGAUAUUGGCAGGCAACCACUCCCACAAUUCCAGGCAUUCUGCCUUAUAUUUGUGUAUGAGAUCACCUAUAAAGUCAUAUGAUAAAUAAGUAAUGCUGCAGUAUAUAGAUACAGUUUACUUUUCAGUUUCGUAUUCAUGCUUUUAUUUUCAUCUGUACCAAUUGAUUACCACAUUUUUUGUAAAAAAAGAGGCACUGUUUUAAAUACGAAUAUUGAUCAAUAUAUACCUUAAAUAUGUUACUAUUAUAAAUGUGUAGAAAUGUUCAUUUAAACUAGAUUUCUUAGUUAUUGUGUUAAUUAUUAUACUUAAUAUAUGGCAUACAUUGUGCAUAAUAUAUUGCAUUUAGGUAAACAGUCAAACACACUUAAAAUGCUGCCACUGAAAUGACAUAUUAUGCAGGGCAACUGCGUAUAGGAGUAAUGUUUCUUUGUUCAUGAGAAUAUUUGUAAUUCAUAGAUAAACACUAGGUUAGGAUAAGUUACAUUUUUGGUAGAUUAGUUUUAGAGGUGGUUUAGAGGUGCCACAAGUGUCACUAGUGGGGCUCAGGACUCCCGACAUUAUUACACCCCCCUCCCCCACAGUACAACAGUUUCUGGUCAUCAUUGUAUGAAUGCUAUAAUGUAACUUUUAUAUUUUUAAUGCAACAUAAUUCUUACGUUGUUCUUAAUGACAGUAGGUUUUUAAAAUCAACUUUUAAAUGGGGACAUUUUUAAAAUGAAUCAUAAAAUAAUACUUUAUGCCAUUGUGUUUGAUGCAAUUUUAAAUUUCACUUUUAUUUUGUUUACAAUUAACAACAUAAAUAACAUGUACAUUCAUAAUUAUGACACCAAGCUUGGCUUCUAACUCAAACACUUUUAAAAAGAUAGAAAAUGUGAAUGCUCUGUUGAAACAUUUAUACUGAAUUAAAGGUUUCGAAACAAUUACAAUGAUACAUGAGCAUGCUAUAUUAUAUAUAUUAUAUAUAUAUAUAUAAAAUGCUAUAUUUAGCGCUCAUUGUUAUAGCGUGGCAUAGCCUAAUACGACAGAAAACAUAAUUUUGUCUAGUAAAAUGUAUUCAUAUUAAACUAAUUAUUACUUUACUUUUCUGACUGAUUUUAAAUAGUAAAAGAUGUUCACAUAAAACAUAUCAUUUCUUUUCUUUUCAGACUCUGGUAAAGUUAUUAGCUGCUAGAAACAGCAAUGUACUGCUGGGAGCUGUACUCGCUCUUACAAGUCUAGCAGAAAGGUGAGUUAACAAUAACAUAACAGAUAACAAGGAAUAUGCGAUUAGAAUUGUUUUUGGUUUCUUUGUAAUGUUGUAAUGUUUAAUCAGUGAUCAUAUUUUUUAUUAUGGAAGAAUGACAAAAGAAGACCAAGGAGCAAAAUAUUACCUCGAAUACUUCACCCUCUUGCAUUAUUUUGUCCACAACCACUUUGCUGGUCUAGUCCUUCUCAGACCUUCUCUCAUCCCUUUGUCGCUUUCAUAUCACUGCUCAGCUUUCCUCAUUACCCUUUCAGUGCGAUUCUUCUCCAUCCCAUCUCUUAUUGAACCCCAUUGUCUCUUCCAGACCCUCAUUUUCUUUUAGCAAACCCUAUGCUUUGUGUUCUUGUCAGUUCCUCCUGAACCUCUCAUUCCUCCUCUCGACCUUUAGGAACCUGCUUGUCCUUUCAGUCCUAUCUUUUUAUUUCCCUUCCAUCCUCUAAACAAAUCCCAUUCUCCUUUAAUGUUAUCAGUAACACAUGUCAACAAUCAACACUUUGGCCACAAUUUGGGCCUUUCACCAAUGCUUAUGAUAUAGAGCUGGUCACCAAGCAUCUGAAUUCACUGAUUAGAAGACCUGUGAGUGCACUCCUUUAUUUUGUAUUUAUCUAGGAUAUGAAUUGCACCCAGCCAAAUUAUUUGAAGUUUAAGGUAUAAUAUAUAUUUAUGCAUCAUGAUAUGGCAUAGUAAGAUAAUUCAGUUCAAAAUGAUAAGUUUGGGAUUAGAACAUGAAAGUGAGAAAAGGCAUAUGAGUAUAAAUUGAAAUAUUUAAAGGUAAAAUGGUCACUUUCAAUAGAAUUUACACCACUGAAUAACAUUUUAAAAUGCCAGUGCAAUUAUUGUGGAAAAAUAGAAACAUUAUGCAAUUUCUCAUAUUCUUUGUACGGUUUCUCUAUGCUAGGGGUGCCCAAAAGGUAGACCGCCAGAUGUUUUAAAACUAUAGUUUCCAUUAUGAUUAGUUAUUCUAACUACAUUCAUGCAAUGCAUCAAGGGAGUUGUAUUUUUGCAACAUCUGGGGAUCUACCUUUUGGGCACCCCUGCUUUAUGUCGACUGCCAGGUGCAAAGGACAGAGCGUGUAAAAAUAAUUUAAAAGGAAGCAAAGAUGGAGGCACCCAGUUGUAGGAUAAAGAGGUGUGCAGUCCUACAUUUAAUUUCAUUUUUUCACAUCUUACAAAUACAUAUUUGGCAAAUAUACAGAUAAGUAAAAAUAAUGUUAAGAAUUCUGAGAAGUGACAGUGUGAAGACACUGUUAAAGCAAGAAAAAAUAAAAAAAAAUUAAAAAAAUGCAUGUGGUAUGACAAAAGUGCAGUGGUAUGCCGACAGCAGGUGUUGGCUGACUACAUCCAGGGCUGGACUGGGGAUACAAAGCAGCCCUGGAAAAAUGUAUGCCAGCCCCAUAUAUUUUUUUUUUCUAAUUCAAAAUAUUGUUCCUUUCAUGGUAAAUAAUUUAAUUAUACAGUAAGCAAGUGCUGCUACUCCCUUGUCUGUGUCCCUCCAAGUCAAUGGUGCUACCAUCCGCUCUACCUCUAAGGCUUGCUGCCAAGGUGUUCUCUUUGACUCCGACCUCUCCUUCACCCCUCAUGUCCAAUCAAUUGCCAAAGGUGCUUGUCCAUGCUGCUGUCCUCUCUCGCCUUGACGACUGUAAUCCGCUUCUCAGUGGUCUUACGUGUUCCCAACUUGCUCUGUUACAGUCUUUAAUGAAUGCGGCGGCGAGGCCCGCACCUCCCAUGCCUCCCCCCUUUGUCAGUCUCUACAUUGACUUCCCGUAAGAUAUAGCACUCAAUUUAAGAUCCUGAUACUUGCUUGCAAAUCUCUACACAAUGCUGCUUCGACCUUCUUAUCCCCAGUAAUAAACAAAUGUCCCAUCUAGGCCCCUACGCUCUGCCGAAGACCUAAGUCUAACCUCUUCUAACUUCUCUAAGGCUGCACUGUUCUUAUGGAACGCCCUUCCCCACUCUGUUAGACUUUCACCCAAUCUCCACUCCUUCAAAAAAUCUUUGAAAACUUACUUUUUUAAGAAAGCAUAUCAAUUAAACUGUGAACAGCUUUCCCUCCCCGCACCAUGAUUCCUCUCCUGAAACUGUCAUCAAAACAAAACACUAAGCCCUCAAUAAAUACUAUUCUAGCAAACUACUCUUCUACCCUAUCCUUACCUUUUGUGUCACUAUACCCUACUCCCUCUAAGUUCAUUGAGCAGGGCCCUCAAUCCCUCUGUUCCUGUGUGUCCAACUCGUUUGGUUACAAAUACGUGUCUGUUAGUCCACCCAUUGUACAGCGCUAUGGAACUUGUUGGCGCUUUAUAAAUAAUUAUAAUAAUAAUAAUAUAGCCAUUAACAACUGCAAUAAAAAAAAACAAAAAAUGAGUCAAAUCUUUUCACAAUCUCCUUUCAUUGAUAAACAAAAAAAUUAUGUUAUGUAAUUAAAUUAUCCCCCAUGGAGAAAUAAUUUUUACACAAAAGCUACUUUAUUUUAAAAAAGUCAAGCAACUAAAGUUCAGUGCAUUCCAUGCAAUAAAUCACAGAUAUUGUAAACAUUGAGAUCUAUCGAUCUGUUUGUAUUUAUGUUGUCUUUUGGCCUUUGCAUGCUGCUGCGUCUUGCACAAUGUGGACUAAGAAGGAUAGUGCAUUCUUCAUAGAUGUUUAUUAUGUUUACAGUACAGAAUGUCGGGAGAAGAUCAGUGAGCUCAGUAUUGUUGAAAGCCUAAUGAUGAUACUGCACGAAUAUGAUCUACUAUCCAAAAGGUAUGUUUUUCAGAGAAAUGCUCAAGAAAUGUUAGAUUUAAAAGGUUAACCCUUUUAAAUUUAGUCACAAAUAGCUGUUAAAAAAGGUAAUGGAUAAUUCAUAAUGUCAAAAAAUUAAAUGUUAAAAUAUGGAAUAAAAUGUCCUACAUGCAGUAAAAGGUAGUAAUAAAAUGAUCCUCUUUGAGCGGCAUUUUGUUGACCAUUUCUCUGGGCAUCUAAAAUGCAACUGAAUCCAUGAUAUUUGCUCUACUUUGGUUACCUACAAGCCUAUGGCCUGCUAAUCUAAGCAACAUACAGAUCAAACUGGCAGUUGUGUUGUCCCAUAGAGACUCAGUCGGUGUGAUCCAUACCUGGAAGUAGGACUGCUCAGGAGACUGUCUAAUAGUGCCGGCAGGACUAGAGAUGGUGGAUUUGAUACCAGUGUGCUCCCGUAUCUUGUCAUAGAGGAGCAGUGACCUUCUUUUCUAUUUCUAUUUUUAUGUAUUUACACUAUAUACCAAGACUCAGGGUGUUAUAACAGGAGUCUCCAAAUAUGAGUAAUUAUAUACUGAAGACCGUUGUGCGCUCUUUGAAAUAGAUUUGACUGCUUUAUAUUUUAUACUGUUUUAUAUUUUUAAGGAACACGUGCAAUAAAUGUAUUUACAUUAAUUCUGUGUCACAAUUGGUCUAUUAUGGUGGCUCUUUGUGCAAGGUUCAAUACCUUUUUCUUUAUUUACAUGUGAGCAUAUUUGGUUACAUAUCUGGUGACAAAAUAUUAAAUCAUGGAGAGAACUCACGGGACUGUUUUUUUUUUAAAAAAAUGACAGAUUAUUACCAUUCAGUAGGUUGCUCUUCUUUAAGUAAGUUGUGUUUUCACUUAUCUAUUUUUUUCCAUAAAACUCAAACAUUCUAUUUAAGUUUGGAAGUGAACAGUUUUCAAUUAAACCAUACAGUAUAUAGAAAACAGGAACAGAAGCUGCAGGGGUCAAGGAAGAUUUAUGUAUGCAUUACAAAAAUGAAUUAGAUUGAUAACAUCUAUUUUUCCUACAUCUAGACUUGCAGCAGAACUGCUACGACUUCUUUGUUCUGAGUCAGACGUAAAAAAGCAAGUGAAGAUCUAUGAUGGUGUCCCUACUCUACUCAGUUUGCUGCACUCUGAUCAUCUAAAGUUGCUGCGGAGUGUUGUCUGGAUAUUGGUUCAAAUUUGUGAGGAUCCUGAAAUAAGUUUUGAAAUCCGAACAUGGGGAGGAAUCAAACAGCUACUCCAUAUAUUGAAAGGGUAUGUUCUGAAAUGUUAAUGUUUCAGAGAUGUUUAUCCAUGUCUACAUCAUGCUUGCUUGUUUCAAAUCAUUGUUUCCAAUUCAGAGUCAUCCAUAUCUUUCUGCCCACUUCGAUCACUUUUUGUGUGCAAAUUUAGCCCCUGGUCUGUGUGUGCACUGCUAUUCAAAAGAUGCCAGGAAGAUUGGGGUAGAUCACAGGGCCACCUUUAAUGUAGAUUGGACCAUGGGAAACCAUUUGCUUGAACCCUUGCUUGAACAGAAACACAUAGACAUACAAAUACACACACAAAAACACACAUACAUACAGGGCCGGUGCAAUGAUUUUUGGGCGAAGAUGAUUUUGGUGCCCCCCUCCAAAAGCAUCUUUACCUCUGUGCCUCUUAACCCGCCUUUUGUUUCUUAUCCCCUUUUUUAAAUGUCUUGCCCCCUUUAGUAUAUUGGAUCCCCUAUUUUUCCACCCUUGUGUCUUACACCUCCCUUGUGUAUCUCUUACAACCCCCCUUUGUGUGUCUCCUUCUCUCCCAGUCCCUUUGUUUUUUACUCCUACCAGCUCCAUUGUGUGUUUCUCUUUCACCACCAGCCUGUCUAUCUCCCCCAGACCCUCUGUGUCUCUUUUUCCUAUUCCCCAGCCCCACUGUGUCUCUUUCACCCCCAGCCCCUUUGAAUUUCCACCCACAGGCCCUUCUGUGUAUAACUUUCAUCCCCAGCCCCUCUGUGAACUUUCUCACCAACAGGCCCAUCUGUUUGUCUUUCUCCUCAAUCAGGCCCCUCUCUGUGCCACCCUCCCCUCCAUGUCCCUUAGUGUUCCUGUCUCCUUACCUCCAUGUCCCUUAGUGUUCCUGUCUUCUUACUUCCAUGUCCAUUAGUGUUCCUCUCCCCUCCCUUCCAUGUCCCUUAGUGUUCCUCUCUCCUUCCUUCCCUGUCCCUUAGUGUUGCUCUCCCUCUUACCUGUCUCUUAGUGCCCCCCAAUUUCCCUUAAUGUUCCUCCCACUCCCUUCUUAGUGUUCCUCUCCUUUCGCUUUUAGUGGUCCCCCUACCCCAGUGUUUCUUUUCCUCACCCCCAGUACCUUAGUGCCCCCCUUAAAGUUCCCCUCUCCCCCCUAGUGUUCCUCUCUCCUCCCUCUUUUUAGUGUUUUCCCCCAUCCUCCCCUCUCCCAUAGUGUUCUUUCCCACCUGCUCCCCUGUGCCAUAGAGUUCUCACCCCUCCCCUGUCCCAUAGUGUUCUUUUCUCCCCCCUCCCUUGUCCCAUAGUGUUCUUUUCUCCCCCUCCCCUGUCCCAUAGUGUUCUUUCCCCUUCUUUCCCAUCUCAUAGUGUUCCCCCCCGUAGUGUUCUUUCCCCCCUCCCCUGUCCCAUAGUGUUCUUUCCUCCCUCCCUCCUCUGUCCCAUAGUGUUCCUCUCCCCUCCCCCUUACCUGUCUCUUAGUGCCCCCCCAUUACCCUUAAUGUUUCUCCCACCCCCUCUUUGUGUUCCUCUCCCUUCUCUUUUAGUGGUCCCCCUACCCCAGUGAUCCUUUUCCCUUCCCACCCCUGUCCCUUAGUGCACCCCCACUUAAUGUUCCUCUCUCUCCCCCUCUAGUGUUCCUCCCCACUCCCUCUUUUUAAGUGUUCUUCCUCCCCUCCUCCCCUGUCCCAUAGUGUUCUUCCUCCCUCCUCCCCUGUCCCAUGGUGUUCUCCUCCCCAUCCCAUAGUGUUCUUUUCUCCCCCCUCCCCUGUCCCAUAGUGGUCUUUUCCCCCCUCCCCAUCCCAUAGUGUUCUUUCCCCUCCUCCCCGUCCCAUAGUGUUCUUCCCACCUUCCCUGUUCGAUAGUGUUCUUUCCUCCCCCUCACCCGUCCCAUGGUGUUCUUCCCCCCCUAUAGUGUUCUUCCCCUCUCCUCUGACCCAUAGUGUUCUUUCCCCCUCUCCCCUGUCCCAUAGUGUUCUACCCCCAUCCCCUGUCCCAUAGUGUUCUUUCCUCCCCUUCCCCUGUCCCAUAGUGUUCUUUCCUCCCCCCCUUCCCUGUCCUAUAGUGCUCUUUCCUCCCCCUCCUCGUCCCAUAGUGUGCUUUCCUCCCCCUCCCAGUCCCAUAGUAUUCUUUUUUCCCCUCCUCCCAUGUCCCAUAGUGUUCUUCCUUCCCACCAUCCCCCGUCCCAUAGUGUUUUUUCCUCCACCCCCUGUCCCAUAGUGUUUUUUCCCCCCAUCCACAGGUGUGUCUCCUACCUUUCUGGUAGCAUGGCCAGGGGGAGCAGACCGCGAUACAGGAGCUUCAGUUUCCUAUACCCGACCAGACUGACAGGAAGUGCUCUCUCAUUGAGCACUUCCUCUCAGUCUGGCCGGGUACAGGAAACAGAAGUUCCUGUACUGCGGUGCGCACUGCUCCGCUAGGCCACGCCACACUGAGUGACAGGUAGGAGGGAGCACUGUGCACCCACCUCCUGUCGGUCACUCCAAUCUAUCUCCCCCUAGGCCAGUGCGCCCUAACGUGGCCACUUGUGCCACCAUAUGGACGCGCAGGCCCUGCAUAUACAUACAGACAGAUACACACAGACACACAGACACAUGAAUAUACACAUACAGACAGAAAUACACACAGAAACACCGAGCCCCUUUGCAAUCGAGUGGCCCUAAGAGCAUGGGCCCUCUCAUCGCACACGUACCACGGCGGCCGACAGGCUCAAGGAACAGCUGCUUUGGGCCCCGUAUGAAUGACUGUGCCUGGGGCAGCUGCCCUUUUGCCCCGCGUUAAAGACAGCCCUGGUAGAUCAGCAUAUCAUUAAGCAUGUGGUUCAAUCAAGUCCCUAUAUCAGUGAUGUCUAUGAAAAAUAUUUGUGUAGUCCCAAGAGCAUCACAUGAAGUAUAGGCCACACGUAUUUACUGAAAUCCAAAAACAUGUGUCAAGGUUAAAGGAACAAUAUAACAUUAAAAAUAAAUAUAUUUUUUUGAAAGUUAGUGUGUUAAUACUGCCUCACUCUACCCUUCUCUGAUGAAGACAUAAGUAAUGAUGACUUUCGUCCAGUCUAGUCAUUUUAUCUAUAAGAAGCAUAUAGAGUGUUGAGUGUUGUGAAGUGAAAUUAAAUAGUACAUAAGACCACAGCAUCAUAGUGCCAUUUCUAGUGGCGGGUGUUGUUACUCUGCUGGCUAAGAAUUCCGCAGCAUUUGUAGGCAGGUACCCCUGAGAUCCUUAGCCAUCAGUCCAUCAUAACCUCCUAAACACUAACUAACUAACAUUUCCUUAAGCUCACCCGCUACAUUAUACCAGGUUAGUGUUUUUCUAAAGGGCACAUUUGUUGUGAUGUAAUGAUGAUAUAAUGCUACUGCUCUUCUAUGAACAUCCCAGUGUCACCAAACAACAUUGACAUUUAAAAUUCGCUGUGUUAGGGUGGUGGUUACUAUAUCCAAGAACCAAGCAAACUAGCACAAAAUUCAUUGACGGCAUUAUUUAAUAAAGCUCUAGCUCAAAUACCUAUUAUGGUUGCAAGUGACACAUAUAAUCUGCAUGCAUAAUAAUACAUUCUUGUGAUGGGUAUGUAUGUAAAAACAGUGGCUGCUGUAAGACGAGAUAUCAUUUACAUAAAACAUCCAACAUGUUUUAACAGAAUAUCUUACAUUUUUACUUCAUCAAACAUUAGUGAUUUCCAGAUUGAGAGUUGCAUUGGUUCCAGGUCCCUAAUAUGCUGUAAUUAAAUUUGUUUUUCCCUUUUUUCUUAAGGGAGCAGUACCUUGUGUCUGACCGUUCCUCCAUUGGUAGCUUGUCCAGUGCGAAUGCAGCUGGCCGCCUCCGCCACCAUUACUUAUCAGAAGAUCUGAGUCCAAGGGAAAUACAAGAGAAUACACUUUCACUUCAAGCAGGUAACACUAAAUGACACGGUGUACCAUUUACAUUCUAACUGGUGGAAGUUUCUUUAAAUAGGCUGGCCAAGUGUCCUGAAACUGGUUCCCAGGUUGGGCAGCCAUGGUUGGUUUGUUUGUACUGCUAAUUGCAAUGUAUUGUCACGCCAUAAGGAAGGGCAGUGCAUUUGGCUGUAUUCAAAUAAUCUUUACUUGAAAUUCCCAAUAAAAUGUUGGAAAAUUAUACAAAAAUUCAACAUAUCAGCAGUAACAAAUUACAGUUGCAAGAAAAAGUAUGUGUACCCUUUGGAAUGAUAUGGAUUUCUGCACAAAUUGGUCAUAAAAUGUGAUCUGAUCAUCAUCUAAGUCACAACAAUAGACAAUCACAGUCUGCUUAAACUAAUAACACACAAAGAAUGAAAUGUUGCCAUGUUUUUAUUGAACACACCAUGUAAACAUUCACAGUGCAGGUGGAAAAAGUAUGUGAACCCCUAGACUAAUGAGAUCUCCAAGAGCUAAUUGGAGUGAGAUGUCAGCCAACUUGAGUCCAAUCAAUGAGAUGAGAUUGGAGGUGUUGGUUACAGCUGCCCUAUAAAAAACACACACCAGUUCUGGGUUUGCUUUUCACAAGAAGCAUUGCCUGAUGUGAAUGAUGCCUCGCACAAAAGAGCUCUCAGAAGACCUACGAUUAAGAAUUUUUGACUUGCAUAAAGCUGGAAAGGGUUAUAAAAGUAUCUCCAAAAGCCUUGCUAUUCAUCAGUCCACGAUAAGACAAAUUGUCUAUAAAUGGAGAAAGUUCAGCACUGCUGCUACUCUCCCUAGGAGUGGCCGUCCUGUAAAGAUGACUGCAAGAGCACAGCGCAGACUGCUCAAUGAGGUGAAGAAGAAUCCUAGAGUGUCAGCUAAAGACUUACAGAAGUCACUGGCAAAUGCUAACAUCCCUGUUAGCGAAUCUACAAUACGUAAAACACUAAACAAGAAUGGAUUUCAUGGGAGGAUACCACAGAGGAAGCCACUGCUGUCCAAACAAAACAUUGCUGCAUGUUUACAGUUUGCACAAGAGCACCUGGAUGUUCCACAGCAGUACUGGCAAAAUAUUCUGUGGACAGAUGAAACCAAAGUUGAGUUGUUUGGAAGAAACACACAACACUAUGUGUGGCGAAAAAAAGGCACAGCACACCAACAUCAAAACCUCAUCCUAACUGUGAAGUAUGGUGGUGGGGGCAUCAUGGUUUGGGGCUGCUUUGCUGCGUCAGGGCUUGGACGGAUUGCUAUCAAUGAAGGAAAAAUGAAUUCCCAAGUUUAUCAAGACAUUUUGCAGGAGAACUUAAGGCCAUCUCUCUACCAGCUGAAGCUCAACAGAAGAUGGGUGUUGCAACAGGACAAUGACCCAAAGCAUAGAAGUAAAUCAACAACAGAGUGGCUUAAUGGCUUAAACAGAAGAAAAUGCGCCUUCUGAAGUGGCCCAGUCAGAGUCCUGACCUCAACCCGAUUGAGAUGCUGUGGCAUUAACCUCAAGAAAGCGAUUCACACCAGACAUCCCAAGAAUAUUGCUGAACUGAAACAGUUCUGUAAAGAGGAAUGGUCAAGAAUUACUCCUGACCGUUGUGCACGUCUGAUCUGCAACUACAGGAAAUGUUUGGUUGAAGUUAUUGCUGCCAAAGGAGGUUCAACCAGUUAUUAAAUCCAAGGGUUCACAUACUUUUUCCACCGGCACUGUGAAUGUUUACAUGGUGUGUUCAAUAAAAACAUGGCAACAUUUCAUUCUUUGUGUGUUAUUAGUUUAAGCAGACUGUGAUUGUCUAUUGUUGUGAUUUGAUGAUCAGAUCACAUUUUAUGACCAAUUUGUGCAGAAAUUCAUAUAAUUCCAAAGGAUUCACAUACUUUUUCUUGCAACUGUAUAAAAAUACUUACUGAACACAGAUGAAAAGAAACAUACCAUAUGUUUAGUAGAACUUGACUAUAGAUGCUUUUCAAACAGCUUAUAUACUGCUAUUUCUCAAUGACAGUCUACUUACCAUCCAAUGAGUGAAAAUGUUUGUUCUAAAAAUGUAAGCUAAGAAAAAUGCACGUUAUGUACAAAGUAAAUAAUGAGAUUAUUUUGGUUUCAAACUAUGUCCUGCUCAUUUUCCAAAACAUUAUAUGAUGGAAAUCUUUCCAUAGUAUUUUUAAUAUCAAGUAAGUUUAGUACAAGAGUGUGAUGUAGUAUCUUAGGGAUAUUUUAGGUAUAAACUAAUUAGAAUCUGUAGAUAUGUAAAUAAACAAAAUAUUCUGUGAUGUACAGUAUUUAUUGCUCACAAUUUAUUGCUUUUCAUUUUGCUUUUGUAUACAUUGAAACUCAAUAUUGGUGACAUGUUAUCCAAGCUAUAUACAUGACAAUGUUAAAUUAUGAAAACUAUAAUAGUUUACAAUACAAUUUCCAGAAAUUCUUCCCCAAACCCAAACAACCAUUGUAGAAAUUUAAUUUGGGAUUUCAGUAUAGGAAUAAUAUAUGACUGCUUUAGCUACUCGUAAAGUUUUCACUUUUUAAUAGAUCUAGCAAAAAUUAAGAUAUAUAUUUUCAUUGACAAUUUUCAUAUGCAGUCUGAAGUCAUUAAUAAACAAAAAUAUACCUUGCAAAGUGUUAUAUUAAAGUGUUUAUUUUCUUUUCAGCCUGCUGCGCAGCUCUUACUGAACUUGUACUAAAUGACACAACUGCUUACCAUGUAGUACAGGUAUAUUAAACAUUCACAUACAAUCAUAUUUCCAUUCAGUAAAAUCAAUUACAAUUAAAUGCCCUUUUAGUAGAAUGUAUGAGGUUUUCAGAGCAGUACAUAAAUUUGAUACCACAAUGUACUUGUCAAAAUAUAUAAAGACCAACUGAAUUAAAAUCUAUGCAAAUUAUGAAUAUAAAGAUAUUAAUUGGGUGAUAUUUAAAAUCUAUGCCCCUGCCCUGGUAUUGGCAGGGGCCUUAAUUUUUUUAUAAAAUAGGGAGUGAGGACCCUGGUGGGAACCCUAUUUAACGAUAAAAUAGGGGGUGGACAUAACAUUGUCCACCCGCCUACCACCACAAUAAUAAUAAUGCUCAGUCACUACUUUUAAAUCUUUAGUAGAUAUGCAUCCACCUACCUCUAUUAUUGUAAUAUGGGGAUCUUGUUGACCACCAUGAUAUUUAUUUAUUUAAUUUUAUCAUUAUUAUUGUACUUUUUUUUUUUUUACUUUUUACAUGUGGCGGCAGGCAAGGAAGCGCUGGCCAGCAGCCAGAUAAUUAACCGUCGCACUGCUGAGGGUUUUUAACUAUUUGCCUGCUGGCUGCGCAAAUGAUCAAUUCACUUGCAAAAAUCAAGUGAAUGAUAAUUUGCAAACAUACAUCCUGCUGGAUGCCUUCUGUUUAUCAUCGAUUGUCCACUAUGUGAUUGGCGGUAGAUUUGUUUCUAUGCAAAAAUGACUAACUGACUGCAUUUGGCUUUAGUAAAUCUGAGAAAUGCCAAUGCGGAAGGAAUUUGGCCGAUUUUACUGGAUUUUGUCCAUUCUAAUAAAAUCUGAUGUUUAGUGAAUAACUCUUUUGCUUAUUGCAAGUGAACUGAUUUGAAGAAAAUAGUUCUAUACGCAUUAUAAGCACUACAUUAAGCUGUAUUGGUUCUGGUGUCUAUGAUGUCCAUUUAAACUGACCUUAUUUCAUAAGCAGGAUACACAAUAACCUGACUGUAUUUUUGUGUUAGUGGGAAAUUUUGUCAUAAAAUUUAAACAUUUAUUUUUCAUUUUGUUGUGCAGGAAAAUGGCGUUUACAUUAUCGGAAAGUUGAUUUUACCAAGUAAACAAAAUGAUUGCAUUAGAAGUAAAGCCUCUUCUCUACAGGUAGCGGUUUCUAUUCAACUGCGUAGAUUCAAGGAUGUUUUUUUUCCCAUAAUUUUAAAAAAGCAAAAAAUCUUUAAAUUGCACAGCUGGUUAACAUACUGAUUAAUACUGGAAAUCUGGAAAUGUAUUUAUGCUUCAAGGUCUGAUUGCAGCACUUACCCAGUCAUUCCUUUUAUUUUAUUUUUGCUGUGUUUUACAAGUUUAUACGGACUGUUUGUUCUGUAAUGUUAAUUAAAUUGUUGAUUAAAUUGUAAAUUCUGAAAACAACUCUCAAAUUCAAAAUACAAGAAUAAUGGCAUUAAUUUAACUACUACAUUGCAGUGUCCCAUAUUUGACAAUAAUUGAUGUGAGUGCACUUAGUGGAGUAAUAUUAGUAGAAAAUGUAAAGAGAAUCAUGGCCGCCAGAUUCGGUUGUCAAACUGUCAACACAUUUUGCGGCUUCACUUUUAAUUUGUAUGCGCUUUAUAAAUACCACUACUACUAAUAAUAAUAAAUUAGAAGGAUGCUCACGGAGGCAAUAAGAAUCCUCUGAUUGAUAUAUUCCCAGGCUGAAGUUCUGUGUUGGGGAAAAGAGAGGAGGGCUUGCAAAGGUCUGUAGUUAUUGCAAGUUGUUCUUUCACAUACCCCAGAGAAAACAUACAGAAAAAAAUUCUCAAUAUAUCUACUAAAUAGUUGAAGAAAUAAAAAUGAAGGUUCCUUUAAUAAGUUAUUAACAAUUCUGUAUCUGUUUAAUUUUACAGUGUUAUGCUUUCAGAGCAUUACGAUUUAUUUUUAGCAUGGAACGGAACAGAGAUGUUUUCAAAAGGUAAAGUUACACUUUGUAGUCGAUUAUUCAAAAUAGUACAUUAAAGAAUAAAUUUUUGUUGUCUUACUCGCUGUGUCACUGAAACAUUUCUCCUUACUUUUGCAAUUCACUUUUGAAUGUUCCCAAUUCUUAGUGAGCAAAUCUUAAAGUAAUUUGUAAAGUAGUUUAUGUAUAUAUGUUACAUCAUGGAGUUUAGUUCUAGAGUGUUAAAAAUGGGGCAUUGCCAAAAUGCUAUUCAUUAACCGUCAUAACACGUCUGUGAAAUAGUAAAUGUUUCUGACGGAAGCCAAAUCACCCCAUAGCAAACCACAACAAUUGUAAAACUACAUUAAUUACUAACGGGUGCUGCCGUUUCAAAAAAGUUGUGGGUGUAAAAAAGCCAGAUUUUUGGCAUAACUGCUACAUCUAAAUGCAAAAUUUUAGAAAAUUAAAUCUGAAUUGCCAAACUGAAGAUUAAAUAGCCAAGUUAUGGAAGAGAUCAGUUUGAGAUUUUUUUCAGAGCUAUUCUUGACUAAAUUUUGCAAUUCAGAAGGAAUUUGCAGAAAUUCUGAGUGUAGUGAAUAAACCUACAAGUGACACUGGGUGUAUCAUCUCAUUGGGUGGGCUUCUCUAUAGAAAUGAAACCUUUCCCUCGAUGUAGUAGAUUGAAGGAUAAUUUAUUUUAGGUAUUUUGGAGGAUGGCUCUUAGCUAUUAGGACCAAAGAACACCCGUAGAUUUUGUGCUAAACCAAUAAGGGUCAGAUGAUGUGCAGUCCUCCAAUGAUAAUCUAAUAAAGGCCAGGGGAUUCCCAAUUUCCUGGUCCUAAAAUUUAAAGAAAUCUCCCACCCUCCAUGACUAGUUGGCCCCAGGCCCCAAUUCUCAUGUAAAUAUAAAAGUCCAGAUUAUUUGGCUAUUCUAUUUUAACCAUGUAUAAGCUUUUAAUAUUUUAGUUAAAUUAACACUCUGGGCACCAUAAAAACCUAAUCAGAAUUAAGUUUUUACUGGAGUUAAACUGUUAACAAAUGGCCACACAACUUCUAUUGCAGUUUGAUGCUUCAAAUGGGAAGCUUUAGGCAGGGGUACUUAGAGCGUCAGCCUAUUCACAAAACAGAGAGAGAAAAAUACAUACUUUUCAAUCUGAUUAAUUUGUUAUGGAGUGUCCCUUUAAUUUAACAGAUCCAAAUAUGCAUUAUGUAGAAUUAUCCUUAGAUUUAUCUAUAGAAGACCAGAGUGUUUUUUUGCUAGUGUUUACUUUAGAUCAAAACUCAAACUAUUAUCUCCUAUUAUCUCCUAAGUCCCAGCAAGGUAGUUUGACCUGAUGACUAUCUUGAUACCUUGGCAUCAUUAUUAUUAGCAGUCAUGGCAAGCCUAGUUUCUUCAGAAUAGAAAAACGAAGAAAAACAUGCACUAAAGCUGAAAUGGUGUAUGUCUAUACGUAGGAUAUUCAUGGUGUCAAAUUGAUUUGUCAGGAUCAAUGGUAUUCUUAUCAGUACAGGUGUUUUUGGUACAUGUAAAAACAAACAAAACACAGAUCACAAGUUAAAGUUAUACUGUUAAAAUACAGGAUACACACCUUAAAAUUUACUAAAACUUUUAUUUAUUUUUUUCUUACUUCUUAUGACUCCCACAUUUUAAAAAUAUGUUUUUGUUAUACAGAACAUUUUAAUAAAUUCCUUUAUUUGAUUUUUUUUUUUUUUUUUUUUUUAUUUAAGGUUUUUUCCUCCAGACCUUUUUGAGAUGUUUAUUGAUAUUGGACAUUACAUCCGAGAUAUCAACUGUUAUGAAGAACUAGUGUCUAAAUUAAAUGCACUGCCUGUAAGUAGCCUACUUGAUAUGCUGCAUGUUGUGCCGUAAGAAAAUAGACAAUUUUAAUUUAAUUCAUACUAUACUAUACUAUACUAUACUAUCUAAAAUACAACACAAAUUUAUAUAUUGGCUGUAAAAUUUAAAAAAAUGGCUGCUUAACUCAUGGGGUGUGUUUAAAUUAUGGGUUUUAAAAUCCUUGAUAUUUGCAAUCAUGCUGUGUUAACAUAAAAAAAAAUAACAAAACAGAAAUAUUAUGAUUUUUAGUAAAAGGUGGAUGCCUUCUAUUAAUUUGCUCAUUUCUUAUCUCUGAAUGUUGGAACUUUUUUAGACAAGUCAGUAUCUUUGUAAAACCACUAUCCAGCUCAUGUACAGUGGUGUAUCCUGGUUUUGUGCUGCCCUAGGCAGGACAAAACUCAGCAUUCCCCCUCCCCCCCGCACCACCCCCACCCAACCCUUCCCCCCACCCCGCCUUCUAAAUACACACACACAUACAAACACACAUUCACUGACAGAUACGCAUACACUAGCUAACAGAAACACACACUCGCUAACAGAAGCACACACUCGCUAACAGAAACACACACACACUAACAGACACACUCGCUAACAGACAAACACACACUCACUAAUAGACACACACUAACAGACACACACUCACUCACUAGCAGACACACACACUCACUGACACACACACUCACAGGCAAACACACUCACACUAACAGACACACACACACACACACACACACAGUCUGACACACACGUACACACUAACAGACACACACUCACUCACUCACUAGCAGACACACACACAAACACACACACACACUCACUAACAGACACACACACUCACAGGCAAACACACACUCACUAACCACACACAGACACACACUAGCAGACACACACACACUCACUGACACACACUCACAGGCAACACACACACACACACACACACACACACACACACACACACACACACACACACACACACACACACACACACACACACACACAGGCAGACACACACACUAACAGACACACACUGUCAGACACACACACACACACUAACAGACACACACUCACUCACUAGCAGACACACACUAGCAGACACACACACACUCACUAACAGACACACACACUCACAGGCAAACACCCUCACACUAACAGACACACACACACAGAGUCAAACACACACACACACACUAACAGACACACACUAACAGACACACACACACAUUAACAUACACACACUAAAAGACACACUCACACUCACUAAUAGACACACACACACACUAACAGACACACACACACACACUAACAGACAUACACACACACUCACUCACUCACAUUAACACAUUUUUUUUAAUUUAACCUCCCCAGCCUCCUUACCCUUGGGAAUGCUGGGGUGGGUUCUCUUUCUCCCUGGGGGUCCAGUGGCUGCUAGGCAUGCGGGCUGCUAGGCGGCUGGCGAGGGAGCACUUCCCCUGAGCACUCUGCUCAGCUCCCUCGCGCGUUGCAGAGUGAAGCUGGGAGCCGGAAUAUGAUGUCAUAUUCCGGCUCCCAGCCUCACUCUGCGGCGCGCGAGGGAGCUGAGCAGACAGCUCAGAGGAAGAGCUCCCUCGCCAGCCGCCCGCCUGCCAGCGCCGCCCGCCCAGCCCAGCAUGUCAGUUAGCCGCAAGGCUAACAAGACAUUUGCCCUGGGCAUUUGGGGGCGGCGUUUUUUGUCGCCCCCUGGAAAAUGCCGCCCAAGGCAAAUGCCUUGUUUGCCUCAUGGCUAAAACGUCUCUCCUCAUGUAUCAAUGUGCAACAUUUUAGAAAAAAUACAUGACCCGUAAUAUGCAUCACUUUGUACAGGUACAAUUAAACUAUUCUCUUUAUAUUGAUUAAUAGUUUUUAUAUGUAUAUAUUCUAAUUUUUAUGUCCUGAGGAAAGUUCACAAUUGUGGACUGAAACGUCGACCAUUUGACAAGUUGGAUUAAAAGUCUUUUUUUUUUUGAUAUUGAAGUCCUCGAGGGCUAGCCUUCUAUUUGGAUGUUAUAUAUUGUAAUAAGUAGAAAAAAAAACCACUGUAGUGAGCAAGAAAUUAAGUUGUUUAAAGUGAACCUUAUUAUUAUUAUUAUUACAUUAUGGAAUUUAACUUAUCUUAAAUCGCUCCCAUAAAAGUUGAAUGCACCAUAUAUCACAAAGGUACAUGGUGUAUUCAGUGUAAAAUAUAAAAAAAUUAUUCACUUUCCCUAUGUUCCAGUGCCGCCAUCUCAAUGCUUUGUGGGUGCUACUCUCCAGAUCCACAUUCUCUGUUUCUCCUAUGCUCCGCUUCUGUUCUUGCAUCCCCAAGCAGGGCAAAUCUAAUAAGUGACGUCAGCACACUGGCUUCAUUGCCAGAGUGCUGACAUUGGAAUGGAGUAACGUCUCUCUCUUUCUCUACUUUCAUAGCUACUGCAGCAUAUUCACUGUAGUUGCUAUGGGAGGAGAGCAGAGGGAUCUCCUGUGGGAGGUAUUUUAUGCUGUCCCUUGUAGGUCAAUACCUCUGGACGCCAAAACGGCUACCAUAAUGUAUCGAUAAAAUCUUAUGCUCAAUCAAAUGCGCAUAAGUUGUUUGGGGCACGACAGGUGCCUUUUAAGAAUGGUUUAACAACUUACCAAGGAUGCACAUGUUGCCAGCCGCCACCUCCUCUGAGCUUCUGUUAGCUAUACUGACCAGAGGCUGGUUUAUUGUCUGUUAGCAUUACCUGAGUAUUUACUGCCAAUGAGCACUCCCAGGCACCACCAGGCUUAGCUCAGUGCAGGACCUAAAGUAAGUUGUCAAACCAAUUUUAAACUAUUUAACUACUUACACUGGAUAACCACUACAGCAUUUAACAAACCAUUAUUAAAUUUUUUAUGUAUUCUAGCAAUAUCUUGGAUGGCAAAGAAAUAUUUGCUGUACUUUAGUUUUCGUUGUGUAUUUGCAUCUGGCAAUUGAAUUAUUUGUUUGUUUUAACAAUGAGAGAUAACCAAUAUAAUAUAUUAUAAUUUUCAGGAAGAUGAGCUAAAACAGAUUGCUGAUAAUAUAGAAGGAAUCAAUCAGAAUAAAUCACCUACAAAAUUUAUUGGAAACUAUGCUAUUUUAGAUCACCUUGGGAGUGGAGCUUUUGGAAGUGUAUACAAGGUGAGCUUUGCUUUUCUAGCAUUUCUAAAGGCUCACUAAAGGUUGUUUAUCUUAUCUGUUCUUAAUGUUCUAGAAAAAAAAUAUCUUAUAACAUUCCUACCUUGUUCCACAAUGUUUAUGUUAUGAACUUAAAGAUGAAGCGAAUAAAAGUCAUGUUAUAUUUUCCACUUUGUUGUGUGCUUACUCUACAUUAUUUUUUCUAUUUUCCAUUCUUUUAACCUUUUUGUGAGCCAUUAUAACUUAAAGAAAUCAUAGACAAGGGAAAGCUCUAAAGUUUUGUUCUUAGGGGAUGGUAGAGAUAGGUUAGGUUAAGGCACUUCGACGUACAAAAUUCUUGGAUUCUCGACAUGAGAUACAAGUAAAGAGAGUUAUUAUUGCAUAACAAUAUUAAAACAGGCUUUUGAAUUGAAAAUAGGCUAAUGGGUAUUAGAGAAUUAGAGAUAAUGAAGUAAUAGAAAAAAGAGGAAAUCGAAAAAGCGAAAUGGGGAAAAUGAUUGAAGAAAGAAGGGAAAAAGAAAAAAGUGAGAAGGAAUAGAAAUUGAAUUGGCCGUUGAAAAGUUUUCAAAGGCUUUAGAAAAAAAAAAGGAGCAGACUGGUGUGAGGACGUGAACAAAGGUGGAAAGUUAGGUAACUGAAAGAAGAAGGAAAAUGUUGUAAAUGAGAUAAAAAAGGCAUAUUUAUAUUUUAAAGAAUCCCUGGGGAAAGAGAGCUGUGCCGUGAUGAUGACAGGGAAAGGGAAACUUGCGAUAACGGAGAUUGGUAAAAGAAGAAUAAAGAAAAGAAAGAAAACUAUUAAACAAAGAACACAAAAGACUGCAGACAACAGAGGUGGCUAAGGCAAGGCAAGGUGGGGAUAUAACAGGGAGAAGACAUUAGAAGUAAAAUGGAAAACAAGUUAGAACGGCAGAAUGAAAGGUUUAGGCUCAGAAGGGUAACAGUAGUAGACCAAAAGGGUGAUGAUACACAUAGGAUGAUAAUACACAUUAGAAAGCAACAAAGCCUUGCGUGGGGGCACACAAGGUGAAAUAAGUUAGAGAAUAUUUUUUUUUCAGCAGUCUUUAGGAGAGCCAAAUGGGUUAAAGGCUAAAUAUUUACUAAAGUCUUAGCAUAUUUAAGUAUUUAGUUGUAGAAUACCUUGUAUGUUGUGUGAUAUUCAUUACUUUUCAUUUCCUCAUCUAUUAUUACAACUUGGUAAUUUUGCUUAAAUAUUGCACUUUGGUUUUUCAAUGCAUUAAAAAUGAAUAAUUAGUGGAUAGUUCUCAGCGUGUACAGUAGCAUUAUAGCGUGUGGCCUAAUUCUUGUGAGCCAUGAAGACAAAACACGUAACCAUGCACACUUCUAAGAGUGAUCCUGACUGUGAAUGGGUGUCGUGCAUUGUGAGGUCAUCCUUCUACUGUAUGAUGUCACUGCUACAGAAAAAAAAGUCAUAAACAUAGCGAUUAUUAUGCAGGAUCCCGUAGAACUUGGUGACUCACAUACUACUGAUCAUGACAGAGAUAUCUCAGAAAAGUGUAUUUUAAGAAAGUCUGAAGCUAAUGUGCUUUUGCAUAGAAUAAUACAAGAUGCGUCCUUUUUUCUUAUCUCGUUUUUUCUAAUAAAUCCUUUUGUGCAGGUCAGAAAACGCAGCGGACAAAUUCUCUUUGCAAUGAAGGAGAUUAAUUUACACAAUCCGGCUUUUGGAAAAGACAAAAAAGACCGUGAUAACAAUGCAGAGAACAUUGUUUCUGAGCUGUCAAUAAUCAAGGAACAAGUAAGUUUGUCUUUAUACUAAUAUUUUCAUUUUAUUUUAAUAUCCUUUCUUACAUGCUGAAUAACAAUAUUUAAAUAUUGUUUGAAUAUUUUUUAUUGAAAUACACUCCUUCAUUUUCUUUAAUUCUUAAGUAAAAGCUGCUAAAGUUUCUCAUAUAAUGGAGCUAGCUACCUUUAUUUAAAUGUAAAUUAGAUGUAAUGGCAAAAACAGUAUCUCAACAGUAAACAACAUAAUGUGGGCUGUUGUAGAGAGGAUGCUGAAUAUUGUGUGUGUGUGUGUUAAGAACCACAGAAGAACCACAGAAGAACCACUGACAUGCCAUGGGUAACCACAUUUGAGUCUCAAUGGGGGACUGUGUGGGUGCAGGGUGGGCCAUUGGUAGCAUAAUGCUGAAGGGUGGCUGAGACUGCAACAGUGGACAAAUAAGUUGCACAACACAGUUACCAUGCUCCCAACCUCCCUCCGUAUUAUUUGCCUAAAGUGCCCAUCAACCCUCCAACUUGCUUUCAACACUGGCAGUACCUUACCCAUCCACCCUGCAACCUUUUUUUUCAUUACAAUAUUCAACAAUGUAAAACAUGCCAUUCCUUUCACAACUUGGUAAUGCUGACUCAUGACUGCAUUAAAUCCAGCCAAAGAUGCAAUGUCAACAGUAAUUUACCAUGCCACAUUGAUAUUUGAUUUUUAAAUAUUAAAUUCUAUGAUCUAUCAAACUCUUCCUUCCUAUGUUUAAUUUAGUCUAUACUGUAUGCUUUUUUGCAGCUGUGCCACCCAAAUAUAGUGCGGUACUAUAGAACGUUUUUAGAAAGUAAGUAUCAUCUAGUCUAGUAUGUAAUUAAGGUUAUGUGUAAUCAUACUUGUAAAAUAAUGUCGACAAUACCUGUUCUAAAAUUUUCUUUUACUAAACACUUUAAACGCUGGAGAUUACUGAAAGACCAUCUACGGUUGUUGGUAUCUUCAUACAGAGAUUAUUACCUUAGCAACUGUACAGUUUGUUGUGUCAAAUUUAAUUUAUGCUAAGCUUAAAGUACUGUAAUAAGCUACAGAUAAGUAAUUGGAGUGAUAUAAAUAGAUGUUACUUUGCUGAUAAACAGGAAGAAGAUGUCCUACUGACUAAAGGAACCUCUGUAGAACCUCGAAAAUAUAUUGUUCACAGUUGCAGACUUCCUAUUGCAUCAGCAAACCUUGAGAAAAAAUGUCUUGGAAUAAACUUGUUAGCGAUGGUCUGAAUAUUACAGAAAAAUAAUGUUUCUUUAUUGUGGUUACCAUAGAUGACAAUCUAUAUGUUGUUAUGGAACUCAUUGAAGGAGCUCCUCUUGGAGAGCACUUUAAAUCUCUGAAGGAGAAGAAACAGUAUUUUAUAGAAGAACGGCUUUGGAACAUAUUCAUACAGGUGAAAAUAAUAUAAAAAUUUGUUAAAACUUAAUAUUUUACUUAUUAACACACACACACAAACACACACGUGAGGCUUUUGAGAUGUGCAAUUGAAGUAGGCUCAUUCAUGAAAAAAUAUUAAGUAAUGUACUUGGCAAACUAGUAGAAUUGAUGUGCAUAUGGGCAGCUACUGUGUUGGCUCACUAAUAGACAGCUAUUAGAGAGCUUAAUCAAGUCACCAAAGACUUUUACAAGCAAUCAAAUCGAUGUAUGGUCUAGACAAGCAUAGAUUGUCUUGUGACAGCACGUAAUGGAGAGUGGGUGGGUGUAUAGCUGCGGUGAUCAGUUCAUGAUCAAUAGUCUAUCUUAAAGAGAAGAUUUUGUUAGGCCUAAACACAUCAGUUUACAAGGUAAAUUGUAGCCAUUUUAAAAAUGAAGCAAUACCCAAACAUUUACUUACUAGAUUGUAUAGACAAAGCAUUCGAGCAGGCAAAAAAUUUAAUUAUAAACUUAAAAUGAGAAUAAAAAGAUAUUCACCUUCAAAUAUCUUGAAGCUGCACAGCUAAAAGACGAUGUUUGCAGCUAUAAGAUAACCCCUCCCUUACCUAGAAGAGAUUUUAUCCUAUAAAUCCCUGUCCAUUGAUGCUUUAUGGAAUAAAUAUUUUAUUUCCCAGUAACAGUUCACAUUAGUUGAGCGAAACUGGUUAAUGCACUGAUAACCAGGCAUCUGCUAUCAGUUUAUACACAGUCUGGUUAACAGUUUUUAAACUGGACUGUGCCACAAGAGGUCUUGAUCACAAGAGCUCCAGACCACACACGCACUUGGCCUCAUCUUGUCUCUCUGGAGAGGACAGAGUCAUUUUUCCUGCUUGUAUUUGUGGUGCGUGUAUGACACACAGACACGACAAACAAAUUUAACAUGGCAAAAGACGAACUGCAAAGUCUCUUUAUUCUGGAAAACCCAAGACAUUUUCCAGAUGCUUUUCAAGCUUUCAUGACUAGUAGACUAGUAGACUGGGAUUCGCCCAAAUUUCGGACAAUCAGCGGAUUAUCCAAAUUCCAUAACUCUGAAGCAUGAAGCACCACAUGGAUAAAUAAUUAACAAAUAAUCUGACAGUGGAUGUGCAUGUUUGUCUGUUUUUGUAAUUUCCAUCCAUGGUGCCAAAAAAACAGGUAUUAGAUGGGAAUAAAGAUGAUUGAAGGCCACUAAAUUGAUUUCAUUCACAGAUCAAGCGACAAGCGACCAAUAGUCGGAGGAGCAGUGAAAUAAAUACAGAUUUUUUUACUGCUCAACUCUAUUUUUCCCUCUUUUACUUACUUUUUCUCACUUGAUCUGUGACCCAAUUAGAACUAAAAUGCACCUAUCAAUGUACUGUGAAAUACAUACAUACUAUUUAUAUUUUGCAGCACUCUGAUUUGCCCAACUUUUUGGUUCAUCUGAUCAUUUUCCCAAAUAUUUUGCGUGGACAAAAUUUGAAUUAGACAAAAUGUCACAGGGGCAAAUAUCAGACUACCCGAAUACAUUUUUGCACCAUGCACAAGUUUGUUUAUUGAACACUAUUUUGCAAAAGCAAGAUUUUUCAUGUUAUGUAAUUCUAAGAUGAACAAAAUGUGAUUGUCAAUUACCAGUUAUGGGAAAUUAUAUUUAUGCACUAAUUAUAUGUACUUCCUCUUAACUUUCGUUUUGGGAAAUAAGGCCAUCCUGAAACAGUCACACAGAGAUGUGUUUAAAAGUCAUGUUUUAAAAACAUGCUCACAUUCACAUUUUACAAUACAUUCUUCUAUCGUCUAAUCUGGAUUAAAGGGAAACUUGCUGCUCUGGAAAUCUCAUCAUCAAAGGAAAACUUCAAUGUUAGAAAAUAAAAUACAAUUUCUUCCAGCUUUGGAAGGUUUAUUUUAAAUUUAAAUUCAGCCCUCCCUCAAGUUUCCUAAAAAAAAGAAGUUACCUAUAAUGCAGUGAGAAUACUACCUUUUCUCAGCAUCUUUGCUCCACCACCCAUAGAAAAGCAUUGGGAUGCUGACAGCAUACACAGCAAAUGCCACGAUCAGCCAGUAAUGCUUCUCGUACAGAAGCAUUAAAUCCAUUGCUGCUUUAUGAGAAGCCCUCCCUUCUGCCUUGAGCACUCAAGGUGAAUGAGGACGGGAAUGAUCAUUACUAUCAUGGUGAUAGCCAAUAAAAAUCAGACUUGGUGACAGCCAAUGGAUGUUACCAAGAUGGUUUAUAAAACUGCCAAUUUUUUUCAUGAUAUUUAAAAUUUUAUACCAUUAGACAAAGGGCACAGACAGACAGCCGUUAAAGCACUUUAGCAAGCUGAGGUGCUUUAUGAGCUUGGUGUUUCUUUAAAUAAGACAUUGAACAUCUCCUAUACCCUCAAUACUUUGUGUUAAAGCAGCUAUGUCAAUUUCAUUGAUGUUCCUAUAUGUAGGUAGUGGAAGUGCACUCAACCCUUCAUCCUGGAAUCCUGGGUGCUGAACUGGAUAAGUUUCUAUAUUCAAAACUAUAUAUUUUGUUAUUUUUAUUGAUGUUCCAACACAAUCCAAAGAUUCUGUCAGACAAAGUAUGGAGUACUUUAUCUUACAGUCAUGCCUGAGGUUGACAAAAUGCGCAGAUCCUCUGUCAACUUUAGUCCAAUCCCAGCAGCUACCACUAGUUAGUUUCACUCAUUGUUUCACUCAUUGUGAGACAUGAUAUAUGGAGGCUCACACAGGAUCCCCCAUAGAGCUCAGUGUUGUAUGCUUGUGCAUUAACAAGCGUACAGCGCUGGCACAGCUCCUGGCAGAUAAAGUGCCAGGAACCAAGGAGAGUCUCCAGGACCAAGAUGGCAGUGUUCAAAGGACAGCUUCAGGCAGGUAAAAACUAAGUUUGACUGCACCCUACAUCCACUGAACCCUAACUGAAAAUGUCGCCAAGGGGAGUCUUUUUAUUUUUUACACAUUUUUUAAAAAUCUAUUAAAUUUAUAUUAAACAUUUAGCAAAUUAUAACACAAUGCAUUUCAGUCCAGGCACUUUGGGUGCGCACAAUGCAAAUGAGGAGGAGAAAUACAAACUUUUCUCCUUUUUGUCUCUAUGCUGACUGCAAGGGCAGAGCUUAUAACCAGGUCUGAAAAGAAGCUAAGAUGGAGGUGCCCACUUGCAGGGUGAAUAUGUGAGGAUGGAUACAUUUAAUUUUAGUUUUCAGACAUCACAAAUACAUAUUUGUUAUUUAUAGGGAUAUGUAAACAUAAUAUAAAAAAUUCCAAGAAGUACCACAUUGGAAAAUUUAGCCCAAAAUAGCCAGGCUGGGGCCAGUGCUCUUGACAGCUCUAUGUUUUAUCUGUCCUCCUUAUGUACUGGUCACAUACACACAUAGACAAGCAACCACACAUGGAGUCACAUAUAAACACAAACUGACAGUUAAAAACAGAGUCAAAUACAUGCAUAAAUACACACAGUCACAUACAUACAUACAUACAUACAUACAUAACACACAGUCACACAUACACAGUCAUUCACAUAGAUGCACACAUACACACAGUUAUGUACAUGGACAUGGUCAUACAUAUAUACAUGCACAUAGAGUCACAUGCAUAGACAGAUACCAUUACAUACAACUAUUUAGAUAUAUACACACACAUUUACAUGCAAAACCCUCUUUACUGCUGCCCUUGCUUAAUGGCCUACACUAAAAUAUGUGCUUGGCUGUGAGUAAAGAUGGGUUACAGAUUUUUUCCAUAUCUGCUAUAGCCUAAAUUUUGCAUUUGGGGUUUCAUUUUGUUCCUUUUGACAGAAUAAAAAAACUAAUAAUUAAAAAAACAUAAUGUUGAAACAGUUAUUUUAAGAAUGUGUUUUAAGAUAGAACCAAUGUAUUUAUUUCUGCUAAAGUGCAAAAUGUAAAAUGGUGGUGAGAGCACUCAAAACAUGCAUGUACGAUAUACAUGUACCAGUGGUACAUAUAAAGGACAUUUUACCUGUAUUCAAUACUAUUUUUAAUUUUAUGUAGUAUUUUAAUAAUAAAAUCAGUUUGGAUUUGAUUCUGCAUCCUGGAGUGAUUUUGGAGAGCAUUUCCAGCGCGGAUCUAUCAAGUUUGAUACAGGACGUCCAAAAUUGA